AUGUCAUCUAAAAAGAAAGGUCCAAGUCAGGCAGAAUUAAUGGUGAAAACAUGUUCAGAAAUAAUUAAGGAAUUAAUAAUAGCACAUGAACAGGGAAAAGAUAUUAAUUUGAAUGGAUUAAAAACAAAGUAUUCAAGGUUAAACAAGUUGAAUAAUCAACCAAAAUUGGUUGAUAUUAUAUCUGCAAUACCUGAUCAGUAUAAGAAUUUUUUGUUACCAAAGUUAAAGGCUAAACCUGUCAGGACUGCAUCUGGCGCAAGUGGACCAGAUUCAGAUUUUGAAUAUUCAACACAAUCUUAUACAGGAUAUGAACCAACCAGUAUGAGAGCUAUUAGAGCAAGAUAUGAUCCAUUAGAACAAGCAAGGGGUAGACUUGAUCAAUUAAAAAGUUUAGGACACAGUGUUGAUAAAGUUGAAUAUAUUAUAAUGGGUGGUACAUUCAUGUCGUUAUCAGAAGAUUAUAGAAAAACUAGACCUGACUAUUGUUUAAAACCACAUUUAAGUCAAAUGUUAAGAUAUGGAUGCACAAGAUUAGAAAUAGGAGUUCAAAGCAUAUAUGAAGAUGUUGCUAGAGAUACGAAUAGAGGUCAUACUGUUAAAGCUGUCACGGAAACUUUUCAAUUGGCAAAAGAUGCAGGAUUUAAAGUUGUUUCACACAUGAUGCCUGAUCUGCCGAAUGUUGGAAUGGAAAGGGAUCUAGAACAAUUUAAGGAAUAUUUUGAGAAUCCUGCAUUUAGAACAGAUGGGCUAAAAAUCUAUCCCACACUAGUAAUUCGUGGAACUGGCUUAUACGAAUUAUGGAGAACUGGUAGAUACAAAAAUUAUACACCUAAUGCAUUAAUUGAUCUUGUAGCAAGAAUUUUGGCUCUUGUACCUCCUUGGACACGUAUUUAUAGGGUUCAAAGAGAUAUUCCCAUGCCUUUAGUUACAUCAGGAGUUGAACAUGGUAAUUUAAGAGAAUUGGCAUUGAACAGAAUGAAAGAUUUGGGCAUUGAAUGUAGAGAUGUUAGAACAAGAGAAGUUGGUAUAGUGGAUAUACAUAAUAAAGUUAAACCUGAAGAAGUUGAAUUGAUUAGAAGAGAUUAUGUGGCAAAUGGUGGUUGGGAGACAUUUUUAUCAUACGAAGAUCCAAAACAAGACAUUCUGAUAGGUUUAUUAAGACUAAGAAAAUGUAAUCCUGACACAACAUUUAGACCUGAAUUAACUAAAGUGCCAACUAGUAUAGUAAGAGAAUUACAUGUUUAUGGUAGCGUUGUCCCAUUGCAUAGUCGUGAUCCAAUAAAAUUUCAACAUCAGGGUUUUGGCACUUUGUUGAUGGAGGAGGCUGAACGUAUUGCCAAAUAUGAACAUUGUAGUCAAAAAAUGGCUGUGAUUAGUGGUGUUGGAGUCAGAAAAUAUUAUAGUAAACUAGGUUAUGAAUUGGAUGGUCCUUAUAUGUCUAAAAUGUUGAUUUAA